GUCGAUCAUCACGGCAUCUUUAUUGGCAGCCCGUCCCGGUGGUGAAUUAUGGGGUUGGAAUGUAUCGAAGUAUGUUAUGGAUUUCUACGUCAACCCAAAAAUACCCAGCAUUCUGCGAUCAACUAUCAAAUUAGGACAAGCCAUCUUUAUUUGCAGUCGGUUAGUCUUAAACCUGGGAGUUACUGUUUUUUCUGCGAAGUUACGUGAAGUCAUGGCAGAAGGCAGAAUGGUGAGAAAACAACUGUACUCAAAAACACAAUAUACUCUUGCGAUUUUAGCGGACGGCAGUGUAACUAAUUCAGAUGAUAUAGACAUUAAAUACACUUAUUUGCAUAUAAAUUCCCAUGCCGAGGAUGUGGUGACAAUCAAGGGUGAAGUGACUGGAUACUAUGUUUGUAUGAACGACGAAGGUCGAAUUUACGGCUCUACAACUAUGGUAGAAGAGUGCGAAUUUGUAGAAUCUCUUACGGCAGAUAAUUUUAUCUAUUACUACCGAUCGAUAUCAAAGAAGAAUAGUACGAAAAUAAAGUAUCUAGCGAUCAGCAGUAACGGGCACGUAAAAUCAGUUCCCCAUCAGAGGAGCCUGAGGGACCGUGUGAAAUUCAGUGUCAUUCGUAUAGAAAGCUAACGAACGACAGUAACUUUCGCCUGAAAUUGCUUUCGUCACGAUGUAAUGACCAAUGAGUGUUUGCGACUUUGUAGGCCUGUCUAAUUGGCUACUAAUGUGGGUUGAUAACGUUUGCUGUAUUAAAUACUGUUGGUCUUUCUGGAUCGGUUGGGUACGAACUGCGCGCGCACGAAACAUUAGGGUAAUCACCUAAUGAAACCCUUAGUUACUUUACAGUUUCACGUAUCUACAGGUGUUCAAAGCACCAUAUAAUAUUUUAUAAUUAUACCAGAGGAUGCUGCCGUUUUGAUUCGGGCUUUCAUGUGACAUAUUGUACAUAAAUCGUACGUACGGUAACCUAACACAUGAACUGAAAGAACAAAGACAGAGUACCAACUAUUAAAAAACAAAACAGAAAAAGACGCCGUAUUAAUGUUAUGCCGGAAGAUAAAGUAGAUUGUACUAUACGUCAAUAGAUUUGUGGGGGAAGUGCUGAUAUAAACAAAAUAAGUCUAAUCCCAAAUUGGGUUGUUAUUGUACAUUAUUAUGCGGUAUUAAGGAUUUAGCUUCAGCACUUAAUAAUAGUAUAUGGCCUGUAAGCCAACGUGUUCCGAGAACUGUUUAUAAUAACUUUACUACAUAACAUUGGUAUUGUUUGCAUUUAUUAUUUAUGUGUGGUAAACAACAUGGGCUAAUCAUGAUAAUAAUUAUUGUUAUAUCAUUAUUUAUUUAUGCAAUAUAUCUUUGUACAGAAUGUGAAUGUUAUGAAACGAUUUGUAUAUAAAAUAAGAAUACGAUCGGAUUUCGCCUCAUUAUCUACCAAAUUAAUAAUUUCUUUUGUGCAAAAGAGGAUUAUUGUUAUCUAUUCUUAAUUAUUGUUUAUUUCUUUGAUUUGAUUUGAUUUGAUGUUUGUUUCCGUUUUAUCUACAUAUUUGUGUAUCUUUUAUGAGGGCCCCUUCACCUCACCUAAUGCCGUAAUUUUGGCUUUGCGUGUAGACAUGUGUAGUUAAAAGUGAGGGUAUUAUAUGCGUAUGGAAGCUGAUAUCAUGCGUGAUGAGCGGUCCGGUGUCACGUGAUGACAUCGUGUGUAUUUAUCAUCGGCUCCAUUGGACCCACAACUGGCACCGUCACUGAUUUGAUUACAUCACCAAUAUGAUUAUCGUUGAUUUUAAUCAUUUACAUUGAAAACAACUUCACGGUGGUAAUUGAUGAAGGGUGCUGUAGAAAGGUCUAUUAAAUCCAUUAAAUGUUUUGUACAGUGGUGUCAUACGUAGUUAAUUAAGGUAUGAAUAGUGCAAUAUUUUAUAGUGUU